GGAAAUCUUGGGCUACCCGUGUCCCGGGCGUGGCACGGCCAGCUGGCCUACCCAGAAAAAUGGCCGACCAAUGUGGCGGAUCGUCCGGAGCCUGGCUGCGUUUUUGCCAUGCUGUGCAAAGGCACAGAUUCCUGGGCUGGAGCAGACCUGCGAUGCCAGACCCAUAUCGAAGAAGGUGGAAGACUGGUGCGACAGAAGCUGCACGCAGUUACUGGCCUUCUUGCGAAUGCGGGCGGACUUCGAGGCAAUUGACUUCAAUGUCUACAAAGCUUCUGAUGCUAUGAACACAUGGUCGUCUUGUCCGACAGCACACCGUGGAAUUCUGCUUGCACGAAUCGCGGACCAACUGCGCAAGUUGCCGCAAGGUCUGGAUGGCCUAGAUGCUGCUCGCAGGCUGUUGAUGAACACAGAGUACAUUGCACGUGCCUACGUGAUGGACAUCAAUAUCACAGGCUAUUUGGCGAGCGGUACCAGCUAUGCACCUUGGUUUCACAUGGGUAUCAUUCAUCAUCUGAUCACCGACAAGUAUCCGGAGAUUUUCGACAUGUCGGAGCCUCAAGGGGUGCCUGAAGGAAGACAACAGUUGCUGCAGUCCUUGGAACACUACCUGUCCCUGGAUGCACCGGAUCGUCCCCUGAAGCGAGGCCUCACACGAGGAAGUUUAAGCAGUUUGGACAUGGCAGUCACCCGCUUUGCAGAGGCGGACUUCAUCCGCAUCACCCGGGCCCCUGGAGUCCUGGGCCAUGGAGGCGAAGAAAGUGCGGAGCGUGCGGAGAUGGAGCGGCUGCUGAGUCUGGGGCAGAAGCAUCUGCAGCAAGCCUACAGACACAACAAGGCCCGGGCUCCGCCUUCAUGGAGCGACUUACACGGUGUCUUGACGACCGUUGGAAGAUCCCAGGUGCCUUUGUUUGACAUCCUCGAUCGCUUGGAUAGCCAAGUGAUUGAGGGCAUUCACCUUCGAGACUCGGUGACACACGAAUCCAAGUCCUUUCUGGUGCACCUCCUGCCCACUCGAAAUGUGGAGUCCAACCAUGUGCGUUCGGUGAUCGAUCUGCACUGCGAUAGAGUCUUCAGAGACAUUGUGGCAGAACACCGUGGACAACCAAUCACAGUGGUGGAGGUUGGAGCACAUCUUGGAGGCUGUAUCUUGCACGCACUGACCCAUUCGCACCUGGAGAGUCGCGGCUUAGCCAUUGAUGCCUAUGCUCCAGCUGUGGAUGCACUGCGACGCACCGCUGUGAGCAACCAAAUGGAGGAAAGACUGACAGUGGUGGAACAGUUUGUUUGCGCUGACGAUGACCGCAAGUUCUCUCUCGUCUUCAGCGAGACAGGUGUCUUGAGUCAACCAGGAUGGGAAGAUGUCUCUGUGAAUGCCAGCUGCGAAAGGAGUUCUGUUGUGGAAUGUAGAAGCCUGGACUCCCUCCUCCAAGCGCACAGCUUCGAUGAGGUAGACAUCUUGCGCUUGAGCGUUCUGGGUCGAGAGUAUGAUGCUUUGCGCUCUGCUGAGCGAUUUCUUGCAGCUGGUAAGGUGAAAGUGGUGGCAGCUUCAGUUCUCCGAGACAACUACGCUCCAGCGGACAUGGCCAGGAUGUUGCUGCGUUAUGGGUACACUUUGACUUUCGAUGCUUCCGUGGAUGAGGAGGUCCUGCAGAUCCUAUCAGAUCGCGAGUUGAUUCCAGAAGGCACACUGACGUUGGUCGCCCGAAGAGCGAAUAGCUGAGCUGUGGCGGGCGAAGGGUGAAGAAAAA